AACGAAGGUAAGGUUGUAAGAUUGCCAACAUGGCGGCUACCAGGUUGGAAAUAAACUUCAACAGGUUGUUAAACCGAUGUGAAGCCGUGGCAAGCGAUAAAUCGCUAAAAGAUUGGCGACUCGAAAAGUACAUAGGAGCUUUACAGAAUCAGUUGUCCGAGUUGAAGAAAGCGCAAAGUAAACCUUGUGAUGAAAUUCUUGGUGGUUACACGAAAAAGGUAGAAUUAUUGAAAGGUCUCAUAGAGGCAGAGAAGAUGCCCACUGCCUCUGAGAAGGCCCAUGCUACCGAUCUCCUGUCUGUUCCUCGGACAACAUCAUCAAUAUCAGGAAAGCAGCUGCACAUGCAGGCCAAAGUGAUGUACCAGCAGGAGAUGAGAGAUGAACUCCUGGGGUCAGGACAAACAGAUGAUGAAGAUGUUGGUUUACGUCAGCGACAAACCAAGGACCAGGACAUUGACACUGUACUGCAGCAUCAUCAUCAGAUGCAGGAGAAACUUGCUGAGGAGAUGCUGGUCAUUGCGCAGGGCUUGAAGCAUAAUGUCACUGUGUCUGGCAAGAUUGUUCAGGAUGACAUCAAGAAAGUGACAGAUAGCACAAGACUGGCCGACACCAACCUGGGUAAGCUGAAGACGGAGAGUGAGCGACUACAGGCUCACACCAAGACGUGUUCAUGGUGGAUCUGGGUGAUGCUGGUGGUCGUCAUCAUCACGUUCUGCUGGAUGGUGCUGCUCAUGAGACUCUUCCCCAAAAAGUCAUGAUACGAUCAGGAGUCAGGAUAGAAUCAUGACAGCUUGUAUGGGUCAGCCGCCAGCUUCUUGUUCCUACCUGUGAGAGUGUCCACAAUGCAUCACGCCUUUUAUGAGAUCUAUCAGAUGAGGAUUAAGGAAAUGGUUAUUUUCACCACUGUAUGCAAGGACAAUCAGCCAUUUACAGACGUGAUGAGGUACUCCUAGCCAGACUUCCUCGUGAUCAACCUCAUAUCUUUGCCAAAGGCCAGUGACAAUCAGAGAUGAUUUGUCACAGAGUCCAUUCAGCAAACUACAUAUUUAAUUCAUGUUGUUCAGUGUAACAUAGGGGUGGUGGGGUUGCGUAGUUGUUAAAGUGUUUGCUUAUCUGUGAAGAUCCAGGUUAGAAUUGGUCAUCAUUAAACAAUAAACUAACCAAGCAAGUGUUUGGUCAUUACACUGAAGACCCGGGUUUGAAUCCCAGCAUGGGUUCAAUGUGUGAAGCCCAUUCCCUGUGUCCCUUACCAUGAUAGUGCAUAUUGUUGAAAGCAGCUGUAAAAACAUACUUACUCAUUGAGAGUAUAAUGUGAAAGGUGACAAUCUAAAACUGUGUCUUUUAUGUGAAUAUGUGACUAAUACAUGAACAAUGUGGUGCUACUGCUACUAGUCUUUGUCCAAACAAUACUGUGGCAAUUUCCAUGGCAGUUGUUCUGUAGAGUACUGUUAACUACUUACUUGAAGACAUCAAAGCUGGCAAUGAUGUAUCACCACACACUUCACUCUCAGAGUUGAGAUGGCAUAUUUUUACAAUCAUCUGAAAGGCUUCCAUUAGGCUGGAUUUCUCUAAUUGAAAAAUAAGCACCUUUGUUGACAAACAAGAGAACAGGAGAAAAGUCCCCCAUGCAGAUUAGCAUGUGGCAGUUGUGUGAUGUCAUGUCAUCUUUGCUCUGAACUGUGGAUCUCAGCCUGAAAACCAUAGUGGCUGACUGGGAGUAGUUACUUCACUCAAACAAUAAUGUGAAGAUAUGUAUUGUUUCAUCACUGAUGCAUAGUGUGUGUGUUUUCUUGAUUGUCCCACUAGGUUUCCAUACAUUGGGCCACAGAAUUUCUUGACAAUUGUUCGCUUGUCACGCCAAAGACCUGGGUUGGUGUCCCCCGCCGUUUUAUUGCUGGAAUAUUGCUAAAAGCGGCGUAAAACUAUACUCACUCACUCACUCACUUGACAAUUGUCUGUACACAGCAACUGAUGUUAUUUAUGAUCUGGCCAUGUUUACCUCUUGAUUAUUGAUAUCUGAUGCUUUCAUAUAGAUAAGGAACAGAUCCAGUAAACAUGGGUCAACAUUCAGUGAUAAGUACAUUAAAUGACACAAAGCGCUCUUAGCACAACAUGGGUUGAUAGAAUGUGUUAUGGAUAUAUAUUUGUCUACUUUCGAUAGGGAUAUUAGUAUCUUUCAAUGAUAUACAAGAAAUAUUAUCAGAAUGUUUCAAGAGAAUUUAAUAUAUAAUAACAUAUCUGAUUAUCCCUUGCAAAAGCUGAGCAGUAUAUUGUGAAAUGAGACUGUAUAUAUCGAAAUAUAAGGCAGUGAGGAAAUAAAUUGUAUGAUGUGUACAGAUAAAAUUAAAUUGAUGUAAAUAUACAUCCCAAUGCUUA